AUGUGUGGAAUAUUGGCUUUGUUGGGUUGUUCUGAUGAUUCUCAGGCCAAAAGGGUUCGAGUACUUGAGCUCUCUCGCAGAUUGAAGCAUCGUGGACCAGAUUGGAGUGGAUUGUAUCAAUAUGGUGAUUUUUACCUGGCACAUCAACGUCUCGCCAUUAUCGACCCUGCUUCUGGUGAUCAACCUCUGUUUAAUGAAGACAAAAAGAUUGUUGUUACUGUCAAUGGAGAGAUCUAUAAUCAUGAGCAACUUCGAAAACGUAUGCCUAAUCACAAGUUUAGGACUGGAAGUGACUGUGAUGUUAUUGCUCAUCUUUAUGAAGAAUAUGGAGAAAAUUUUGUGGAUAUGCUGGAUGGAGUGUUCUCUUUUGUAUUGUUGGAUACUCGCGAUAAUACCUUUCUUGCUGCUCGUGAUGCCAUCGGAAUUACACCCCUCUAUAUUGGUUGGGGACUUGAUGGCUCUGUGUGGAUAUCAUCUGAGUUAAAGGGAUUGAAUGACGAUUGUGAACAUUUUGAAGAGUUCCCUCCCGGACACUUGUAUUCGAGCAAGAAUUGCGGGCUUAGGAGAUGGUACAAUCCUGCUUGGUUCUCUGAGGCUAUUCCUUCCACUCCUUAUGACCCUUUAGUUCUGAGGCGUGCCUUCGAAAAUUCUGUUAUCAAACGGUUGAUGACUGAUGUUCCCUUUGGUGUUCUGCUCUCGGGGGGACUUGAUUCAUCUUUGGUUGCUUCUGUCACUGCUCGAUACUUGGCUGGAACAAAAGCUGCUAAGCAAUGGGGAGCACAACUUCAUUCUUUCUGUGUUGGUCUACAGGGCUCACCUGAUCUCAAGGCUGCAAAAGAAGUUGCUGACUUCUUAGGAACCGUUCACCAUGAGUUUCACUUCACUGUUCAGGACGGAAUUGAUGCUAUUGAAGAUGUUAUUUACCACAUCGAGACGUAUGAUGUCACAACGAUAAGAGCCAGUACGCCUAUGUUCCUUAUGUCACGUAAGAUCAAAUCGCUCGGCGUGAAGAUGGUCAUAUCAGGGGAAGGCGCUGAUGAAAUUUUUGGUGGCUACUUGUAUUUCCACAAGGCUCCCAACAAGGAAGAAUUCCACAAGGAAACGUGUCGCAAGAUAAAGGCGCUCCACCUGUAUGACUGCUUAAGAGCAAACAAGGCAACAUCAGCAUGGGGCUUAGAAGCUAGGGUACCAUUUCUGGAUAAAGAGUUCAUCAAUGUUGCCAUGAGUAUAGACCCUGAAUUGAAGAUGAUUAAAAAUGAUCAAGGUAGGAUCGAGAAGUGGGUUCUUAGGAAGGCGUUUGAUGAUGAGGAGCAACCAUACCUCCCUAAGCAUAUUCUGUACCGGCAGAAAGAACAAUUCAGCGAUGGCGUAGGCUAUAGUUGGAUUGAUGGACUCAAAGCACAUGCUGAGCAACAUGUGACUGACAGGAUGAUGCUUAAUGCUGCACAUAUUUUCCCACAUAAUACUCCAACUACAAAGGAAGGAUACUAUUACAGGAUGAUUUUCGAGAGGUUCUUCCCGCAGAACUCAGCAACCCUAACUGUUCCUGGAGGACCAAGUAUAGCUUGCAGCACGGCUAAAGCAAUUGAGUGGGACGCUUCUUGGUCGAACAACCUUGAUCCUUCUGGUAGGGCUGCUAUCGGUGUACAUAACUCAGCCUAUGAAAAUCAUCUAUCAGGUGUUGCUAAUGGGAAUUUGAACGCUACGAUCAUCAAUAAUGUGCCAAGGAUGGUAGGUGUGGGCUCGGCUGCGGAGCUCACAAUAAGGAGCUAA